CUUGCUAAUGCAUAUUGCAGACCAAGAUAUCCAAUGCAUUCCACGAUCCUUGUCUUGACCCGCCCACCAGAAUCGAGCAAGUUGACUAUUUAGGCGUCGACAAGUAGUAGAGGGAAGUCUAAAAGAAAACAUAGUGUAGACGGGUGAAGCAGAUCCAACAGCCUUGAUUACAACCUCUUUCGCAGCUAGCGAUAGCGCUUUAGAGCGCCAACUCUGAAUGCGGGCAGCAAGUUUAUCCUCAACAAAUUGGAAUAUUUGAACUUUGGAUCACUGUAUUUGAGCAAGAAGACCAAGAUAUUUGUCGAGAGGACCUAUGGAGGAGAUGCCGAGAGUAGCGCCCAAUGCAAUCGACUCUUGAGGACUCAUAUUAUUACUGAAGCAGGCCGAAGAUUUCUGCAGGUUAAUCCGUUGCCCACUGGCCUCCUCGAACAACCGUAAUAACUGGAGAAGAUGUCCACAUUCAGAAGACGUUGCUCUCAGGAAAAGGUAAGUGUCGUCGGCAAAGUGGAUCUCUUCCUAAAGGGGUUGUGACGAUAUCAAAUAUCAUAUGUUUGUGCUAAAAAUGAAUGUGUCUUUUUGUUAACUUGCAAUAGUAUAAGAGUGUAAAAUAUUUUUAAUAAAAAAGUAUGUUAAAUAUUAUAAAGGGAUAAAGAAAAGAAUUGAAAUUGGGUUUAGGGAGGGAAGGGGGGGAAAUAUAAAAAAACACUGUUUGCGACUCGUGGUUUUUUUAAAUAUCCUUGUGCUCUGCCAUAAGAACUUGGAGUCGAUGUCAUGGUGAAGGCAAGGUUGUGAUUCUUCGUGUCAGACUGGUAUUCUACUCCUUGCUAUCUCACUACCCGACUAUUCCUGUAAGCUCUUAACCCCUGACACACGAAACCGUCCAUUUGGCUAGCAAUCAACUAUAUCCGAUGAUGAAGCGCCCACUUGAACCCGGAGCAAAGAUGACUUUACUUUCUCUAGGCAAGUUAGGACUCGAAGAAGAUUCAAGUGGUGAGAAACUUAGCUCAGACGUCACUCUCGAAGGACGUGAUCCAUCGUUUCCCCUCACGGUACUACUUAACGAAAGACGGGGGAGUGCUGAAAUGGAACAACCAGCCUCAGACCCUCUCAGCUGCGCACAUAACGUGACUGAACUCUUCUCAAUUCUCAGAAGCAAGAAUUCGCGAACAGUGCUGCUUUUUUUCAACCAAUCUCAUUCGUCUUUUUGUAACACUCCAAGAUACUGCCUGUGGAAUGAAUUAUACUCACUGAAAGGUGAGGAAUGAAAUUUCCCCAUUAACGUCGGCACAAACGAUCCUAAAUGGCUAAAACCCUAGUCUCAUUUUCCCCAUUGCUCGAGUAAAAACCUUAAACCCAAGUUGCCGGCCGCCCCCCGAGUCACAUCGCAUAUGCAAACUUGAGCAAUGGCGAUAAAGAAGUCGAAGAAGUCCACCGGCGGCGACUAGGGGUGACAGUCGGUCGGUUUCAGUUUAACCGAAAACUCGGUUAUCGGUUAAACCGAGCCACCCCUUAUAGCUGCCGACCACUGACCGUGAGAGAGGUUACGGUUAGCCGGCCAACCGACCAGUCGGUUUCGAUUUUAGGCUCGGUUAACCGGCCAACCGGAAACUAGCUUUUCUACAAAAAAAAAAUAUAAUAAUAAUAAAAAAAGAAAAUUCUGCACCACUCAUCUCACACCUUAUCUCCUCCUCUCUCCUUCCUUCCUCCACCAAACCACUUCUUCUUCUCUCCUUCCUUCCUCCACCAUUUCUCAUCCCAACACGAAGCAAACAAAGAGGGAGGGAGGAGAAAUGGUAGUAGUCUCCACCUGGCAAAUCUCCGACGCCGAGCACAGCGCUAGCAGCGCCCCGGCGGCGUACUCCGUCGCCCUGUCCGAGAUCUUGAGGAUCUCCUCCACCCCGCUCACCGCCGCUCUCAGAUCCGAGCACCGCGUCCCGACGACGACCAUCUCGACCAUCGCCGCGAAAUUCACCCGCGCCUCGAUCGACGAAUGGAACUGCAAAUUUGCCAGGAAUCCGACCUUGGACGGAUUAGAAGCGAUCCCGACGCAAACCGCCUUGCCGAGGGGAACAUCACGAGAACCGCCAGCGCCUCGAGGCGGAGCGGCUCCCGCCGCCGCCGCCGCCAAAUGCGAUCCGAAUCAGAACCUCCCUGGCAUUGUGGGCGGAAAUCACGGAGCGACUCUUGUCUGAGAGAGAGUGAACCAAGGAGGGCUCGACGGAACGGUUGAGCAGCGAAGGUCGAAUGCUUUGGGAGGAGGAGGGAGUCGACUUAGGGUUAGGGAGGAGGAGGAUUGAAGCAGGGUCGUUUUGGGGAAAGGGAAGGGGUCGGUUAGCCGGUUAACCGCCAAUUUCUGACCCCGGUUAGUCGGCUAGCCGAACCUCUUCCCAUCUCCACCGCCAACCGACCGAUACAAGCAAAAACGGUUUUACGGUUAGCCGAAAAAUGAUCGGUUCGGUUGAAACCGUCCGGUUAACCGUUCUGCCACCCCUAGCGGCGACACCAAUAAGUCCAACGAUGGAGA